UUUGAAAAACCUAGAAUUUAAAUAAAUAUGUGUGAAUUAAAAAAGAAGUAGAAGAAGAAGUUGGUGCAAUUUUGAAUUUUGAAACCACGGGAACAACAAACGCGGCACCCAGUUGGGCGGGAUGAUGAGACAUUUUCAUGUUUGGUUAAAAUUUUGGCAUUAAAAAAAAGAAAAAAGAAAAAGAAGAAGGGUUUGGAAAAGAAAAGAAAUGUUGAAGGGAAGAGAGAGCGUGGUCCGAUUAGUUGGCAAACGGCGGCGGUUCCUUCCCAAUCGUGAAACUCUGUUGUCUGCUUCCGAUGAUUUAGAAUUAGAAUUGGUAACCUGUCCUGUUUGCACCCUCAAAAUUAGUGCUCAACACCAUGCCAUCAACGCUCAUCUCGAUAUAUGUUUGUCUGAAAGUGAAACCCCAACCGGAACCAAACGGAAAUUGAGUCAGCGUACCCUUCUUGACUCAAACUUCUUGUCUAACUCUAAGAUUCAUCAGUCACAGUUAACAAACAAUGAUGAUUUUUGUGGAUCGCGACACUCCAACUCUCACUCCCACAUCAUCAACAAUGAUGUUGUUGUUGAUGCGCCUAAGGCUAAAGCAGCAGCAGCAGCAGCAGCAGCUGAUGUUGAUGUAACUAUGGAAAACGUAUCUGGGGUUACUCUUCAAACCUUUAUUGUUGGUCGUAGGUUUUUUAGUCAUGAAAAUGAAUUACAUGUUGGGGCAAACAUUUCUCUUCUACCAGAUCCUCAUAAUGUUAAGGAUCCCAAUGCUAUUAAGGUUCUUUCUGCAGAUUCUGGUUCCUGUAAAUGUAAAGUGCUUGGUUUUCUCCCUCGUGAAUUAGCUCAAUAUUUGUCCCCUUUAAUGGAGAAGUACUGCCUAAGCUUUGAGGGAUAUGUGACUUCUGUUCCAAAGAAUCCUUUUGAUUUUGUUCCCAUUAUGAUAGUGUGUCACAAGAUGAUAUUGCAUGGUGAAAAAGAAUAUGAAGAUGUAGAGGCUUUUAAAUGUUUAUGGAAAUAUGCUAUUCAUGUGGUUGAAUCCACAAAAAAUUGUCCACCCGGCAUCACAAAAUAUCAGCAAAACUUUUGCCUAGUCAUUCAUGAAGUUAUAAGAAGUAAUCCUCACCUAUUCACAGAUGAUGAAAAAAAAUUCAUGGAAUCAUUUACUUCACUCUCAAAUGAUAGUCAGCGGCUUUUUGUUCGGCUCUAUACACGAAAAGGGCCAUGGUUUCGAAUAUCUACUAUUUCCUAUUCAGAAGUAUUGGAUCCUCAAGAAGCAAUCAAGGGUCUCUCUGCAAUGGGUUAUAUAUGUUUAUUUGAAGAUAAAGAUAAACUACAUGACAAUGACAUUAAGGAGAUAUUGAAUUUGCUCACUGUUUCUGAGCUACAUGAUAUUUUGUGCAAGCUUAAGAAGAACUGUAAUCAUGGUAGAAGAAAGUCAGAUCUUCUUGAAUCUCUUCUUCCUUCAUUUGUAGGUGGAUUAUGUCCACACCUAACAAGUUUGGUUUUGGAUAAAACUGGUGCCUGUUUUAGGAUAUCUUCAAAAGCUGAAUCCCUUAUCUGGCGUGCUGAGAGGCUUUUCUUCCUGAAUGGAGAGCAGAAUCUAUCAACAUUCCUACUAGUUGAUUUGGGAAUAGUCAAGUAUCCAACUUAUGACUGCAUAAUCUCAGAACAAAUUUUCCCAGGUCCAGAUGACCUGCUUGCUUAUGAAGAGGCCAUUGAAGUUGCACAACUAAUGGAUGAAGCUCUUGAUGGAAACAACGUUGAAUUGGUGUUAAGAUGCAUAAAGAUAGCUGACUCCCGUAUAUCAAGCUCUUCUAUGAAAACAAUGGAAUCCACAACCUCUGAAUUAGUGGCUACAUUUUAUUCAUCAUUUUCAGCAUCAUGGGUCUACUCAAAAGUGGUCUUGUUAGGAGUUUCCUUUCUUGAGCGGGAGCGCAGAUAUAACGAUGCUAUAAAUUUGCUGAAGCGGUUGCUAAAUUGUUUUACUUGUGAUGGAAGAAGAGGAUAUUGGACCCUAAGGUUGUCAAUUAAUUUGGAGCACACUGGGUAUCCCAAUGAGAGCCUUACAGUUGCUGAAGAUGGAUUACAGGAUCCAUGGGUGCGUGCUGGUUCAAGGAUGGCACUGCAAAUGCGAAUCCUUCGAUUAGGAAAACCUCCAAGGCGCUGGAAAACUCCUAGUUUUUCAGCAUCUAUCAAGAGGAAGAUCACAGAGGUUCAUGUUCAAGGGAGACCUUUGAAUUGUGAAAUGGGCAUGAAGAACAGGUUUUAUGGAGAAGAUGGGGAGCAGUGUGGAGUUGAGCAGCUUGCCCUGCAGUACUAUGCUGGAGAAGGAGGUGGGUGGCAGGGUGUUCAUACAGAGAGUGGCAUUUGGUUGACUAUUUUUGGGCUGUUGAUGUGGGACAUUAUAUUUUCUAAUGUACCAAAUGUAUUCCGUACCAGAUUUCAGACUGCCCCCUUGGAUAUGGAGACUGAUAGCUUUUAUCUGGCGAGGAAGAGCUGUAUAGAAUCUCAUCUACAGAAAAUUCAUGAUGGCAUGGGUGAGGAGAUCCUCAUCACGUCAUGGGAAUCCCAUGUAGGAACAGCUUGUAGGGGAGUUAAUUGGGACCGGCAUUCCCUCGCCGAACUUCGGGCAGCUGUUACAUGCAUUGGUGGCCCUUGUUUGGCCUCACUUUGCCGCCAUCUUGCACAAGAUUACCGAAGCUGGUCCAGCGGAAUGCCAGAUUUGUUGCUGUGGCGCUUUCAUGGGGAGUACAGAGGUGAAGCCAAGCUUGUUGAAGUGAAAGGCCCCAGGGAUCGGCUCUCUGAACAGCAGCGAGCAUGGCUACUUCUUCUGAUGGAUUGUGGGUUUAAUACAGAGGUUUGUAAGGUGAGCCCUGUGUCGAUGUCUGCAUGAAGUCAUACUCUU